AUGUCUACGCCAACUGCGUCCAAUGCUGCUGCUGGCAGUGGAUCCUCAAAACAGGCAUCGGAAGCUGCUGCUGCUGCUGCGGCCAUUGCAGCCAAAAUUGCAGCCCAAUUUGCUUCAGGUGGCGCUGGUUCAAUGGGAGGCAGCUUGAACGACGCAGCGUUCACGUUCGAUAUCGAUAUUAACGAUGCAAGGAAUAGAUAUAUGCUGUGUAAAAGCUCUACUCAGCAAGAUAUCCAAGAAGACACUGGAGCAUCUAUAUCAACCAAAGGAACAUGGCACCCGAAUCGCUCAAAAGCUACCGAAAGAGACCCACCGCUAUAUCUUCACAUUAUGGCUCCGACAAAAGAAGUUCUUGACAAGGCGAUCAAAAAAGUCGAAGAACUGCUGGCGAUUGAUAUGGGAAGUUUGGUCGAAGAUAAAAAGGACAAGAUGGGUGGUAGACGGAAGUGGCCGGAAGAGAAAAUGCCUGUGGGGCUGGAGAGCAUUAGGAACUUCAAUCUGAGAGCAAAAGUUGUAGGGCCUAGUGGAUCUUUCGUAAAAUAUAUUCAGCAAGAGACAGGUACUCGUGUUCAAAUCAAGGGCGUUGGUUCUGGAUUCGUAGAGCAGGAAACAGGUCGGGAGAGUGACGACCCACUCUACAUCCAUAUAACCGGCCCGGAAGAAUCUCAAGUCGCUCGAGCCAAAGUUCUGACAGAAGACCUGCUUCUUGUCGUCCGCGCCGAACAUGCCAAAAUGCAAGCCGUAGUGCAAGCCCAACAGAUGGAACUACAUCAGGCCCAACAACAGUAUGCCGCCUACGCUGCAUCAUACCAAGGUGGUGGUUACCCUGGGGGUGCUGCAGGUGGUUAUGGUGGUGGUUAUGUACCCCCUCCUCCAGGUGAUGCUCCACCUCCACCUCCGGGCGACUCUCAACCUCCACCACCGCCCCCUUCAGGAGGAGGUAGCGAUCCCUCUGCCGUUACUGCUGCUUCCGCUGGUGGUACGCCACAAGAGCAAUAUGCUGCUUAUUGGGCGGCGUAUGGCUACGACGUCAACUCGCCCGAAUUCAAGACUUGGGUGGCGGAACAAGCGAAACAGACAGAACAGUAUUACGCACAACAACAAGCUCAAACUCAAGGUGUUUAUCCUGGAUACGAUCCUUCAGUAGGAGCAGGCGGAGCCGCUGCUCCCCCUCCGCCACCGCCACCUGAUAGCCAGGCUCCUCCUCCGCCUCCUGCAUAG